CAGCGGCGGGCGCGGCGGCGCCGGCGCCGCCGGGGCGGAGCGCCCCCGGCGGCCCCGCGGCAGAGCCGCAUGCUCACCAGGAGGUGAUGAACACGGUGCAGCGGGCCAUGUACGAGGCCGCCCAGCAGGCGGCCCAGAUGGUGCUGAGGGAGGCCCUGCCCCUGCUGGAGCAGCAGACGGGCCAGGCCCGCGGCAGCAUGCUGGUCGAUCGGGCGAGCGAGCAGGCGGUGACCACCGCCCUGUGGCACGGCGGGCUGCAGGCCGGGGCGCCGACGGCGGAGCCCGCGGCGCCGCGGGCGGCGGCGCCACCGGGCCGCCGACCGCAGCAGCCGCAGCAGCGGCAACACCAGUCGCCGCCGCGGCGGCAGCAGCAGCAGCGGCAGUCUAGGCAAGUGCAGCCGCAGCCGCCGGCGUCCGCCGGGUCGGCCGCCGCGCCGGGCCCGGACGCGGCCUGGCCCAGACAGCUGGCGGAGAUGCGGAUGGUGCUCGCGGAGCGGACGUCCCAGCUGAGCAAGCCAGAGGUCGGCGAGAAGGCGCUGCUGUGCAGCGCGCUGUGCGAGAUAGUGGAGCUGCUGCAGGAGGAGGAGGAGGGACUCAGCGAGUCCGGGUGUAGCCACCUGGCCGGUGCGGGGCGCGCAGAGGCCUCCGCGCCGCCCUCCGGCGGCGCAGCCUCGGCGCAGGCAGCCCCCGCGCCGCCGCUGCGCCGAGUCCGCCCGUACGCCCGCGGCGACGACGAGCUUCCGGCCUUCGCGCUGCCGGGCGGCGGGCUGCCGCUGGCGGGGGGCCCCGAGGAGGGCCCGCUGACCCUGCGGAUGCUGGCCGAGCUGAGCCGCCUCGUCGGCAGCGGCUGCAGCUGAGCCGUCGCUUCCCGAGAGGGGGGGGGCUGGACAUGCGUCCCCUCUAGGGUGCCCCGCGCCGAGCUCAGGGGAGGGGGCACGGCGACGCGGAGAGGGUAUUAUGCCUGCCUUGGCACGUUUUUUGUUUUUAGUUUCAACCUGGUUGUUCCCGGCCACG